AUGAACCGGGCCAAUAACCUGGAUGCCCGGUUCGAUAAAGUACAACAAGAUUUCUAUAGGGAAAUAUAUGGUACUAAAAGUCAGUCAGCCAGGUGGAAAAAGUGUGUCGACUAUGUUAAUAAUAACAUGGGUAUGGCAGUAAGCGCGCUGUAUGUUCAGGAACAUUUUAACAGCGCCAGUAAGGCUAAGCUACACUUUGAAAGUGACAAAUACUUUGAAAAUGUUAUCGGAUUUCUGCGAAACUCCACUAAUAAGACACAAUCAAAACUGUACGAUGAGGUUGACCGGGAUAAGUGGACAGUAGUACCCAGUGUUGUGAACGCACACUACCAUAGAUAUAGGAAUCUAAUGAGCUUUCCUGCGGCUGUACUCCAGUCUCCGCUGUUUAACAAAGACUAUCCAAACUCAUUGAAUUAUGGGGCUAUCGGAUCGAUUGUGGGACACGAGUUAACCCAUGGUUUCGACUCAAACGGUCGCCACCACGACUCCAAUGGCAAUCAGCGGCUCUGGUGGCACCCAAACACCAUCGACCGGUUCAUCGCUAAGUCCCAGUGUAUGACCAAUCAGUACAACAACUACACGGUUAGAGUGAUGGGAGAGGACCAUAAGAUCAAUGGUAUCCUCACGUUAAGCGAAGUAUGA